CUUUCUCACAAAUCUUAAUUCAUUGCCCAUUUCCUGCUAUCUCUUACACUAAAGAGAUGAAGCCAAUGGCAACUCCACUCUCUCUUUUAAUCCUCUUACUACUAGCAGUGGCCCCCAGAUUUAUCUCUUCUUCCCCAGUUCAGGAUCCUGAAUUAGUAGCAGAAGAAGUUCACAGGAGCAUCAAUGCUUCCAGGAGGAACUUGGGGUUUCUCUCCUGUGGAACUGGGAAUCCGAUCGACGAUUGCUGGCGGUGUGACCCCAAUUGGGAGAGGAACCGGCAGAGAUUGGCUGAUUGUGCAAUUGGGUUUGGUAAACAUGCAAUUGGUGGAAGAGAUGGUCAGAUAUAUGUUGUUACAGAUUCUGGUAAUGAUGAUCCUGUGAAUCCCAAGCCAGGAACUUUAAGACAUGCUGUUAUACAAGAAGAGCCUCUGUGGAUAAUUUUUGCUCGUGACAUGGUGAUCAAGCUAAAGGAAGAGCUUAUAAUGAACUCUUUCAAGACCAUUGAUGGAAGAGGAGCUAGUGUUCACAUUGCUGGUGGUCCAUGUAUCACUAUACAAUAUGUGACCAAUAUUAUAAUCCAUGGCUUAAAUAUACAUGACUGUAAGCAAGGGGGGAAUGCCUAUGUGAGGGACUCCCCAAGCCAUUAUGGGUGGAGAACUAUAUCAGACGGUGAUGGGGUAUCAAUCUUUGGAGGAAGCCAUGUGUGGGUAGAUCAUUGCUCUUUAUCGAAUUGCAAUGAUGGAUUGAUUGAUGCCAUCCAUGGUUCCACAGCCAUUACUAUCUCUAACAAUUACAUGACCCAUCAUAACAAAGUUAUGCUUUUGGGUCACAGUGAUGGCUAUACUCAGGAUAAGAACAUGCAGGUCACAAUUGCUUUCAACCAUUUUGGUGAAGGGCUUGUGCAGAGAAUGCCAAGGUGUAGACAUGGGUAUUUCCAUGUUGUGAACAAUGACUAUUCCCACUGGGAAAUGUAUGCAAUUGGUGGGAGUGCUGAUCCUACCAUUAAUAGUCAAGGAAACAGAUUCCUUGCUCCUAAUGAUAGAUUUAACAAAGAGGUGACUAAACAUGAGGACGCACCAGAAAGUGAGUGGAGGCAUUGGAAUUGGAGAUCUGAAGGAGAUUUGUUGAUGAAUGGAGCAUUCUUUACGCCAUCAGGGGCUGGAGCUUCUUCUAGUUAUGCAAGAGCAUCUAGCUUAGGUGCAAGACCAUCUUCUCUAGUGAGCUCAAUCACAGCUGGAUCAGGUGCCCUUUUUUGUAAAAAGGGUAAACGUUGUUGACUAGUGGCUUGGUCACCAGCAAUUAUCAAGCUUCAAGGGAAAGGGUAAAUGGUGAAAUAUAGAAGGUUUAAAAAAAGGCAAUAAGGACAACUGUAAUUACUUGGGGCAUUAGGGUUUUUUUUUAACUCUUGAUAUUGAUGGUUUCAAACUUUAGGGUUAUAUAAGACAGACCAUCAUGUGUAUCUAAAUGAAGAAUCAUGAUAGAAAACUUCAUGCGUUCAAAGUCCAAUUUUAUAAAGAAAAAAUUAUAUAGC